GCAGGCGAUAGUGGAGACUGAAUUCUGAAAGCAUAAAGGAAUUCUGGCAUCUCGACGCGGCAACAAUGUAAAAUUCAAGUUUGUAUACAUGGGAAGCUAACUGUCAGAAGAAAAAUUCCUGUUAGUCGCGUGGCAACGGAUACGUGGUGUGGAUUUCAUAGUUGCUCUUUCAAAGCCGCAAGAUGGCCCAACUGAUUGGAGGGAUAGAAGGAGGAUCGACCAACUCUCACGUAGUUAUAAUGGAUACCAAAGGGAAUAUCAUUGGUGCCGCCAGAGGUCCAGGAAGCAAUCACUUUCAGCUGGGUAUAGCGGCGUGUUGCACGAGAAUAGUUGAACUGACAGAUUUGGCGAAGAAAGAUGCUGGAUUGGGAACAGAUACAUGUUUAAAAGCAUUGGGCCUCGGUCUGAGCGGCUGUGAAACGGAAGAGUCCAAAAAACAAAUCCACGAUCAAUUGAAGAACGACUAUCCUAGGCUAGCUGACAAUAUUGUCAUUGGCAGCGAUGCAGAUGGUUCGGUAGCAACUACUUCGAAUGAAGGUGCAGCAGUCUGCAUAAGUGGAACUGGAUCCAAUACUCUAGUUAUCAAUCCGGACGGCAGUCGAGCACAAUGCGGUGGUUGGGGCCACAUGCUGGGGGAUGAAGGAAGUGCCUACAAUAUCGCUUAUCUUGCGAUAAAGUAUUGCUUCGAUGACAAAGAUGACUUCGAAAAAGCACCGUUCCCAAUAGACAGAGUGUGGGAUCUAAUUCAGCAGCACUUCGAAAUAGAAACCCAACCCGAUCUUCUCUCCCAUUUCUACAGCACCUUCGAUAAGGCAGCCAUCGCUUCCCUCUGCAAAAAACUGGCAGUUCUAGCCAAAACUGGAGACAGACUUGCACAGGCAAUUUUCCAUCAAGCAGGUACAAGCCUCGCCAAAGGUAUAGCAGCGGUUUACAAAAAGGCAGCACCUGAAUUGACAGAAAGACAGGGCGGUCUGCACGUCCUAUGCGUUGGAUCUGUGUGGAACAGCUGGGACCUUCUCUUGCCAGGAUUCGUCUCUUACGUUAAAGAAAAGUCAUCAAUCUCGAAGCUAUCUUUGAUGAGGUUGACAGUCGAUCCUGGGGUUGGUGCUGCAUACAUGGCUGCUGAUAAACUUGGACUGCAUAUAGAAAGAGACUACUCCAAAAACUAUGAUGUAUUUUAUAGUUAUUGCAGAGUAUGACAAAGCUAACGGUGGUCAUGUAUUUUUAUGUAAAACACUUGGAACUUAUCUUGUGGUUUUUAUGUAGAUGAUCCGCCAAUGUUUGUCUGGUUAAUGGACCACCUAUAAAUUCUUCUUUAAUGUAGUAGACGUUUUCAUUACAUAUGUUGCUUCAGUGGUCGGACAAACAUGAGGUCUUAUAUACUUUUAUACAUAUAUGUGUUUUACAAUUUUUAUUUUAUAUAUAACUUAACUACGUUUACAGAACUAUUUUUAUACAACGCUUAUAAACCCAAAAAGGGCGCAAUGUUGUUCUUAAAUUUGUUUUAUUAUGGCUCCCACAGCUUUUAGCGGAUUAAACAUUUUUAUAAAACAUACUAUGCAACAACUAUAACUACAACAACUAUUUUUUCUUAUUCUACUUUGUAUCGUAAUAAAGUGAUUCAAGUGAACGAUCUUAUAUCAUGAAAUAAACAUUAAAGUAAUUAGUUAAGACAUCGCAAAAACGUGAUGAUAAAAAUAGCCGUCGUAAAGUGCAGUGAAACAACACAAAAUAUGGCUUUCAUGUUAUUUAGUUUUGCUUUAUCAGAUAUUUAUAGAAUAUUUAAUUUGUGUGUAUAUCUCAGUUAAACAGAGAUGUAUUGCAGGAAAAAAGGGUUAGUAUAAAAGAGUCCACGGGUGUAUACAGGGUGCUAGAAAAUCAAUGCAUUAGCAUUGCUAUCUUGUUAACCGCUUUCCUGUAGGUGAAAUAAAUUCGUUUUUCCAUCCUUGACCAUCCCAAUACUAUAUGUUAUAAAUUGUCCUUUGGUGAAUAAAAGUUAUCAGUAUUACUU